CAACCCUAAGGCUUUGGCGUGAACCAACACCGCAUCCUUCGUGAACGUCGAAUUCGUUCAAUUUCGACAGAAACUCGAGCCUUUCUUGUUGCAAAUAGUUGCAGAAUACGUGUGUGUUGUUUUUGAUUCAUUUUAAGCUCCGGAAAUUUCUUUACCGGUGAUUUUAUUCUAGGAGUUCGCAAAUCCUAAAAAGCAUUAUUUGAAGACCUGUUUUCACAAACUAAGGCUCUUCUUUCUAGGUUACACCUUGUGGUCCGUUUUGAAAUUUGUUUUCUAGUUUCUCAAGCACUGAAAUCUCUUGUCUAUAUGCGUAUAAAAACGCUGACCCUUUAGUACCGUAUUAAAAGUCUAGGAAAGUUUAUUCAUUGGGCUUCUUCUUUCUUUCCCUUUUUCUUCUCUGAUUCUCUAUACAAUUUGUCUUCUCUGAAUUCCUUCUGUUAAACAAUGCCGUUUCGAGGAAAGUUUUGGGGAACCUCGAAGGAGAAAUCCGUCACUACAUGUACAAAGCUUGAAGACAUGUACGAUGUGUUUCAAGAAAUUGGUGACGGUACGUUUGGUAGUGUUCGAUUGGCUCGCCGUCGAAAUUGUCCUGGGGAAUUAUUUGCAAUCAAGUCUAUGAAAACCCCGCUGACCAAGACAUCUGAUUCGACACGGCUGCGUGAAGUACGCUCACUCGCAAAAAUUCCGCGGCACGAUAAUGUCGUGAAGGUUUUUGAAUUGAUUGUUGAUGCGAAGAAACAUUUACACAUGGUAAUGGAAAACCUACAAUACAAUCUGCUCCAGCUCAUUACCAAGCAAAACUUAAUCCCAUUCUCCAUCGACGCUGUUAAAGACCUAGUCCGUCAGAUUUUUUGUGGUCUUGAGCACAUUCACCUGCACGGGUACUUUCAUCGAGACAUGAAACCCGAGAACAUCCUUAUCUCCGAGUUUCCCGGCGUGAAUUCAAGCAGGUAUGUGGUUAAGAUUGCCGACUUUGGUCUUGCACGAGAGCUGCGUUCUUCUCCUCCGUAUACGGAGUACAUUUCCACACGGUGGUACCGUGCGCCUGAGUUGCUCCUGCGCGAUCCUUCAUACUCAUCGCCGGUUGAUGUGUAUGCGGUAGGCUGCAUGGCUUUUGAAAUUGCAACACUGCGCCCUAUUUUUCCCGGCCGUGAUGAUCUUGACCAGCUGUACAAGAUGUGUGAGGUUCUAGGCAGUCCAAAGGAGUGGCCUGAACUGGGGGACGAUGUUGGCGGUGGUCCAUGGCCUGAAGCUUAUGAAUUGGCGAAAGACUUGGGAUUUCAAUUACCUACGAACAUGCCGCUUUCCUUUCAUGAACUUUUUUCUCCACCGUGGAAUAAUACCUUUGCAAGCAUGCUUACGGCUAUUCUCAAGUGGGAUCCGAAGAAACGUCCGACUGCUUCCGAGUGUUUAGCAAUGCCUUUUCUCUAUGUUCCUCCCAAGUCACUUUACGGACUUCCCAAUCACUCAACCACAACUGCAUAUCUCCAAAAAAAAACAUCUCGGACGUCUACGCGUCACAGAAGCUCAAGUCUGGUGGAAUCGCUGUCCAGUGAAGAGUUUUCGGAAAUCACACUCAGUUCCCCUCGUACGAACAAGAAUUUGUUUGGGAAUGUUAGUCGAAAGCUUGUUGGCGGCUUUAAACAUUCUUUUAAAAAAUCCGUAUCUAAACCAAAAGCUGACAAAUCCUUGCAUUCAUCCUCGGUUGUGAAUCUCAGCAGCACAGCCUACACAGACUCUUCUUCUUCUAACACCCUUCUAUCUGCUAACAGACCGCUCUCCCUUGCCGCACCUGUUGCUCGAACCGGCAAGUUGUCUGAACACAAAGCAGCACAGAAUAUACUCUUUCCUGUGCUUCCUGAACUUCGCCCCACGACGCCGCUUAAUGUGAAGUUGAGCGGUCUUGUUCUGGUAAGCCCUACGCCUUCGACAGCAUCAAGCAGCGGCGGCUCAAUAGCUCAGCCGCGAACACCUUCCUCAAAGAGAUUCACUUCCGAACGAUCUUCUGUUGAUCACAUUUCCUCACCCUCGCAUGCUGAACGUCAUUGCCAUUCACCUCGCUCACCACGUUCACCCUCCCGACAACUUUUCAACGAAGCAUCAACUACUUACAGCAAUGCAAGUACCAUCGCCAGCAUCAAGUCCAUGUCUGCAACCAUUUACCAACCUCUACCCCGUCCCCCCACGCUUUCGUUAACUGAGGUUUCAAUCUCCAACUCAUCAGAAAACUCGUCCUCAAAACCGUCAAUAAAGUCCGAAGACCUCUUAAACCCAGACACCUUUUUUACUGAAGGGUUCCACGAUUCUUUUGAUGAGCUUUCGUUGGCCAGCACCCUUCGAAUUCCCAAGUCGGCACAUGGAGCCUAAUCCAGUUUCAGUCGAUUUUUUUUUUCUUUUUUAUUACUACAUUUCUUGAGCAAACGUUCCGGGGCCUCGGUUCGCAAAUACAGGUCGAAACUCGCUGUCAAUUGCUUUUUGUUCUGCAUUUUCGACUUUGCUAUCUGUCGCAUUCGGCGCAGGGUUACGUCACCCCCACAUUAUGCCGACAAUCUUAUUGGGAUAAGCGAUGGAAUAUCUGCGCGGCGUUUUACUGACGUCAUCUAUGAACUCAUUUAUAUCGAAUUGGACAGAGGCUCGCAGAUUUUUUCCGGCCUGAAAAGCAAGGCUUGGUCACCAUCUCG